AUGAGUUAUACAUCUGUAAAACGUGUAUCAGAGUGCUUAAUAAAGCCAUUGCAGGACCUCUCACCGGAGGCAAAGCAGCCUUUGCACCUCACACCCCUCGAGCUGUUCGCCCUCAACGUCAACUACAGCCAAAAAGGUCUCCUCUUUCCAAAGCCACCACCAUCGGAAAAUCAAGAUUUCUCCAUAACCGCAUACCUUGAUGACCUCCGAUACUCCCUCUCAGCCACCCUCGACCAUUUCUACCUGCUCGCCGGCCGUUUGGCCACUAAAAUAGAAGAAAACCCACCUUCAUAUGUCAUCUACUUAGACUGUGAAAACAGCCCUGGCGUCAAGUUCAUCUACGCAACGGUUGACGCUACCAUAUCAGACAUCCUUCAGCCUGGCGACGUACCCGUGGUUGUUCGUUCGUUUUUUGAUCUUAAUAACGCCAUUAGCUACGAUGGCCACACGCUGCCAUUGUUAUCCAUUCAAGUUACAGAGCUUGUCGAUGGAAUCUUUAUCGGUGGAUCCAUCAACCAUGUACUCGCGGAUGCAGCCUCUUUCUGGCAUUUCAUGGGUGCUUGGAGUGAAAUAUUCAAAUCCAAAGAAAAAUCUUUUGUCUCAAUCUCUCGACCUCCGGUAUUAAAACGAUGGGUCCUGCCUGGGUAUGAUCCUAUUAUCAGUCUCCCGUAUACACACCACGAUCAAUUUAUAGAAAGACUCGAAGCUCCACCACUUGUGGAAAGAUUCUUCCACUUCUCCUCAGCCUCGGUCUCUAAACUCAAAGCAAAAGCAAACUCCGAAUGCAAUACUGAUAAACUCUCAAGUUUACAAGCAGUGAUCGCGCUUUUGUGGAGGUGCAUUACCCGUGCCCGACGCCUAUCAGACGACGAUGAAACCAGCUCAAACUUGAUGGGAACUGCAACAGUCAGGGAAUUGAUGACGAAUGGGCUUGGUUGGGCGGCUUUCCGGUUACAUGAAGCGGUGAUGAAUUACACUGAUACAACAGUUAAGGAAAACAUUGAGUCAUGGAUUAAAAACCCGUUCAUAUUUAAACGAAGUAAGAUGAACGCUAAAAACCACAUUAUCGUUUUGAGCUCACCGAGGCUUGACAUGUAUGGGUGUGAAUUCGGGCUGGGGAAAGCGUUGGCGGUUAGAAGCGGAUGGAUGAACAAGGACGACGGGACAAUUACGAUGUAUCCCGGACGGGAGGGUGGUGGGAGCAUGGAUGUGGAAGUUUGUUUUGCUUCAUCACAAACUAUGAUGGAUCUUAAUUCCGAUGAGGAAUUCAUGGAUGCUCUAAUAUAA